UUUUUCUCUAUACUAAUAAUUUUCCAUGUCCAUUCAUGCGAUUGCCGCCUUACGAUUUUUGUUGUAGAUAGUUCAAAUUUUAACCUUGACAAAAAAAGUUAUUUGAUUAUUCUUUCUUACAAAUGUGAACAUUUUAUUAUUACUAUGUUUACGAGUAUGUAUACUAAAACUUUGUAAAUAAACCUUCGUACGUAUCAAUAAUGUACAGCAUUUUUUACUUAAAGUGAAUUAACGUAGAGGUUAUAUGUUGCGAGAGAAGAAAUAUACACAAUUUCAGCUUAACAUAGUUAUAUGAUUAUACGAGAAAACGAGUACUGAGUAGAGUUGGUUUUGGUGUUUUGAUUGACUUUCGUUGAUAGUAAGGUUAGAAAAGCUAAAUGUGAGAGUUUUUGUUACAUACAGAAAUAUAAAAUAAGCCACGGAUACUAAUAAAGUCAUAUGCAGCAUUAUCCCUCGUACUAGCUAACAAAACUCCACUUGCCGUCAUUUUAUUUGCUGAGCUCAGUAGAUUAGUUAACUACUAAUAAAUGUAUCGUAGCUUUGUUCAUAAUGUCAACAAAGCAUAAAUUAAAGAAAACGUAAUACUCUGAUGAGGUGGGUAGAGGCAGCAAAAAAAGCCAUAUGCUACAAUUCUCGAUGUAUCUCGCUAUCGAGACCAGAUGAUCAGGAAAAUGCGAAAAGAGGGUCGCGAUGACGGCCGUCUCGUUUGACCGCUACGAGACAGUCUGGCGAGAGCUGAAGGAAGUCCAGAGCAUCGUACCUGAGGAUGAAGAUGACAUAUGUCCCUUGGACGACUGUCCUCUCUGCGCGUCCAGUCUUCCCGACAAUGAUAGCAGCACAACAACGAGACCAUUUCCAGCGAACAGUUACGAGCCGCAUUUCAACAAUGCUGUCAAUAACAACGACGAUGAUUCAAAUAGCGGACCCGCUACCGUACCUUUAUGCAUCUUAGGCGAGGUUCAAUUGCGCUUCCUCUGUCCUGAUGACUUAGAGGAAGUGCGUGCUCUUUGUCAAGACUGGUUUCCUAUAGAUUAUCCUUAUUCAUGGUAUGAAGAUAUUACAAGUUCAUCAAGGUUUUAUGCUCUUGCUGCUGUUUAUGGCGGAGUCAUAAUAGGCCUUAUCGUAGCAGAAAUUAAACCAUAUGCCAAACUCAAUAAGGAAGACCGUGGCAUUCUAUGCUCAAGAUUUGGUAUUGAUUCUCUAGUUGGUUACAUACUUAGUCUUGGAGUAAGAAGAGCUUACCGACGAAAUGGUAUAGCUUCACUACUUUUGGAACAGCUACUGGCCCAUGUCACUGCCCCAGAGCGAUCAUCAGUAAAAGCUGUUUUUCUUCAUGUAUUGUCAAGUAAUACUCCAGCAAUACGUUUUUAUCAGCGAUGUCACUUUCGGUUACAUAGUUUUCUUCCUUAUUACUAUUAUAUAAGAGGAAAAUGCAAAGAUGGCUUUACAUAUGUUCUUUACGUAAAUGGUGGCCAUGCUCCUCGAGGCCUUUGGGAUUGGAUGAGGCACAUAGCUAGUUCAGUUACUAGUUUGGGUCCUUGUCGUAUUCCACGAUGGAUUUGGCAGCGUUUAUUGUGGGCAGCUACAUUAUUUUUUUAUCAUAGAUGAUAUACAUAUAAUCACAUUACCCGACCAAAGCCCAACUAUUCUUUAAUUCCACUUGGAUAUAUGAAAAAUCUUUGAGCUGAAUUUACAAAGGAUUUUACAUGAUUUUAAUUCUAUUUAUUAAUUAAAUUUUUUAUUAACAAUGUGAUGAUUUUUUUAUGAUACUAAACUUGAUAAUUAUUUACAAAAUAGAAUAAAACAAUCUGAAUGUUUAAUAAAAUUAAAUAAUUUAUUUUUCAAUAAGUAGCUUUGUUAUUACUGUACAUAAAGCAUCAUUUGAUGGCUUAGAUCUUAUUUAAUUUAUUAUUCAAAUCUUCAUUAUUGUAAUUACUAUUGUUACCAAUAGUAUUAUAAAGUGUUGGAACUGCAGCAUCCUUCAUUAUUUUAUGAACAACAGUAUGUUGGACAAAAGUAGCGAUCUACCCAAAGCUGCUAAGUGUUAUUUUUGAAAAUUAUUUGUUUGAAUAUUGUUAGUGUAAUACUUUUUUUGUCUUUACAUAGUAUCUUAAUUCAUCUAAUCUUUUUUUAUCUUUACAUAGUAUCUUCAAAUUCUAUUUAUUACAUUUUGGGCUAAAAUAAUACAAGUAUUUAUAAUAUUUUUCUUAUAAAUAUGAAUGCAAACGUUUCUACCAUGUUAAUGAAUUUAAUAAAAUUUAAGAUUUUCACUCUAAAUACCAAUAACUCUCUUUUGCAGAUUUUUAGAAGGUACAGCAGCAACUAUUUAUACUAUAUUUAUAAAUAUUCCAAAAUAGCCCAUUCUUCUAAAGAUCUGAUUUUGGGCAUUGAUAUAAUUUUCUUCUAUAGAUUAUUUCAGAUUACAUUUGCAGAAAUUUUGAAUGAAAAGCAUCGCUUUGCGGUUUUUGAAAACUUGAGAUUAAUCAUCUAAUUUAUUUAAUAAAAAAUUUAAGUGAGGGGGAUACGUUAAACUGCUUGUAUACUUUUAUAUUUGUUCAUGCCAUAUAUAAGUAUACCCAAUUACCCUUAUUUACAAAAGAUCGCUACUUUCUUAAGCAGUAUUAUAAAGUACUGUAAUCUUUCAUUGUAAUACUAUUUUUAUAUCUGGCUAUUAAUUUGAAAAUAUUCCUACUUUGUUUAACAUAGUGUUCAAAAAGAAAAGAAAAUUCACACUGCAGAAAAAUUAUAUAUUGACCCAUAAAAUGUAUAAUAAAAUUAUACAUAUAUUACAUACUCAUACAAUGUAUACAAUGAUUGAAAUGGUUCUUAGAAAUGUACAAUUUAAAUAAAAUACCUAU